GCUUGUAGUGCCGGGGCUGGAAAAAAUCAUGCUUCUGUCAGUACAAGCGAGUACUUCACCAUCUCGUCCACCGGCGUUGUGCACAUCGCACCAAAUCAGCCUAGUGAGCAGAUCAGUCUGGCGAACUGGUUGCAUCAGCGGCUGAUCCUUUCGGUGUGCCGACCGAUGAAGUUCUUUAAGAACUGGCGGAAGUACAAGAUGCUGCAGAUUUGGUUUCGCAAAGCCAAGUACGGGAAAUUUGUGGAACGACGAAAGCUGCUGCAACGGAACUGCUUCUACCUAAAACCUUUGUUCGCCCCUGUGAUAGCCGAGAUCUUCCAGCAAAUGGCGAUGAAAUUUUCCGCAGGAGGGGUGGUGGCAAGUGGUCAUAGUACCGGCUUCGUUUCCUCUUCGAACGUCGGUGGAGGCAAUGUUGUGGCGAGUAGCACGAGUGGAGGUGGGGUUUCAUCAUCUACUCACGGCAAUACUAUGAUAAACGCCACCAGUGGUGCUACGUCAACGAUUGGCGAUCAUCAAAUUGGCGGGCAGAGCCAUCUCAACCUGAAUCUUCUGGGCACGAAGACUCUGACGCGUUUACCCGUAACCACAGCUGGGGCGACAGCUGUGCUGCAAUCUGCAGCUUCCCACCACCAGCACUCUAACGACCUGAAAGCUCCUCCUGCAGUCGGUAGCGGUGCUUCCGCGACGCACGCGAGCAUGGUGACGCAGGCACAGCAGGCGGCCAACGGAAGCGGUGCACCGAACACGGCGGGGCAGUUGAGCGUGCACGUCC